GCUGCGGCAUGAGAGGUAUUUUCCUUUGUUUGGCUUCCUAACAAAGAUUCUUCACACUAGCUUUAAAAAACUAUUAACACCUUUCACUUGACAACAGUUUUCGGGAAUAUUUGGUGACAUCGGUCAGAAAUAUUAUUAUUUAUAAAGUUUAAAAUUAUAAAAAGCAAUUAACUAGAGUAAGUGAAAUAUUAUAAAUAUAUCUCAGUUAUUAAAGAGAACCAAAAGCCAAGAUUUUAAAGUCAUCUCCAAUUUGGAUCAUGAGCGCCAAGGAAAUGGAGCUGAGUGUGAGCAUUAGCAACCAGAAAUGCCGAAUUAAAAUUCUUAAAGCUGUUGCAAAGCUUACAGGUGUGGACGUGCUCAAAGUUGAUGCUGAGAAAGGAAAGCUGACGGUUGUCGGGAGCGUGGAUCCCGUCUCCGUGGCGACUGCGAUCAGAAAAGCUGGUUAUUCGGCCGACAUUACGAGCGUCGGACCACCUAAGAAACCUGAUGAUGGAAAGAAGACGCCGCCGCCGCCGCCAGUGCCAGUGCCGGACCCGCCCCCUGCCCGAUGCCAGCUUGUCGCAGUUACUUACGAUACGACCUACGAAUACGAUCGUGCAUUUUGUUCUAUUCUCUAAAGAUAAG